UUGUCUUAAUAUUUGUAUUCUUUCCCCCCUGCCCUGCUUCACCUUCAGCUUCUGUUCUUGACUCUGCUAUGAAAUGAAUCUCUUCAAACAAUAACUCCAGUAAUCUCGCUUUUCAAAUUUUGCAUUUACCCACUUGACCUUCCUUCAUCUCUUUACAUUUCUUCACAAACUCUCAGCAGUUUCCACUGUAUUAUAUUUUUCCAUGAUCAUUCACACUGAGCUCAUCAAAUGAGGCUGUUCAAAACAAAUUCUUCUAAACUUCUUACGGUUUCAGGUCACCGAUUAUGGGUUCUCGUCUUAUUAAUCACUCUGAUACUUCUUGCAACUUUGUCAAGAUCAAAUUUUGGUGACAAUUUUACAGGUUCUGGGUUUAAGUCUCAAGCAUCAGCAAGAGUUCCCUCAAAGGGCACCGGCUAUCCUCCGGUUUUGGCGUAUUGGAUAUGUGGAAGUAAUGGAGAUGGGAAGAGGAUUUUGAGGCUUUUGAAGGCGAUUUAUCAUCCGAGGAAUCAAUACUUGUUGCAGCUGGAUGCCGGUUCGUCUGAGAUUGAGAGAGCGGAGUUGGCUUUCUCUGUUGAAUCUGAAAGUGUUUUUAAAGCUUUUGGGAAUGUUGAUGUUGUUGGACAAAGUUAUCCCCUUGACAAAACGGGGGCUUCUGCUCUUUCUGCGGUUCUUCAUGCUGCUGCUUUGCUUCUCAAGAUUGGUUCUGAUUGGGAUUGGUUUAUUCCAUUGAGUGCUUCUGAUUAUCCUCUUAUGAGCCAAGACGAUCUACUCCAUGCUUUCACUUUCUUGCCAAGGGAUCUCAACUUCAUUGAUUAUACUACUAACACUGGUUGGAAGGAGCGGCUAAAGGUUAACCAGAUUGUUAUAGACCCCAACUUGUAUUAUCGAGAAACUACUCCACUUAUGUAUGCAGUAGAAACUCGGACAACCCCAGAUGCCUUCAAGAUCUUUGGAGGCUCACCCUGGACGAUUCUUACAAGACCUUUCAUGGAGCAUUGUGUCCAUGGAUGGGACAAUUUCCCAAGAAAAUUGCUAAUGUUCUUGACAAAUAUAGCAUUUCCUCUCGAAUCAUACUUCCACACAGUCAUAUGCAACUCUCUGGAGUUCCAAAACACCACAGUGAACAAUGAUCUCAGAUUCAUGAUCUGGGACAACCCCACUUUAACUGGAGAACCCCAAAUCCUGAAGCUAUCAGAAUAUGAUAAAAUGUUAACAAGUGGAGCAGCCUUUGCCAGACAAUUUGAAGAAGGUGAUCCAGUGCUCGAAAAGAUCGAUCAAAACGUCCUGAAUCGCUCUGCCAAUGGAGUUGUUCCUGGAAAAUGGUGCUCAUCAGGCCCAGGAAAGAAUAACACUAAUCUAGAAGAAGUAUGUUCAACUUGGGGGAGUAACGUUAACAUUGAUGCCGUGAAGCCAAGGUCUCAUGGAAUGAAGCUAAGGGCUUUACUUUCAAAACUUGCAACAAAUGGAAGUAUAGGAACUAGCCAAUGUUUACAACAAUGACAGAAGUGAAAUGUUUCAGGAAAGAAUGAAUGGUGACUAGGAAAUUUUUUGUGUGUAAAUUUUAACUUGUGAAGUUGGAAGCUCAUUUCCAUGGUGAGAAGAGUUUAAUUAUAACAUACAUGUAGGUCUAAAUUCAUUGUGAGAAUAUACAAAGUACAUGUAAGAGAUUGUGAAACAAUUCCAUUAUUCUUGUUGAUUAAUUGAAAGAUUUUCUAUCAU